ACAAAGUAGUGCCAAAAUGCACAUAAGAAGGGAAAGGAAUAAAUAUCAGCACAAAAUACCCAAAACAUUAAACGAUCUUGGUAAUUUACUUGCAAGGUAUGAACCUGUCCAAGGAAUUUACCAAGGGCAAGUAGUGGUAUCGGAAACAAGCAGUGCUGUUAUCUUCGCAAGUAAUACUGUGCUAGAACGCCUAAAUGAUUUCUCAGAGAUCUACGUGGAUGGUACUUUCAAGUGUGUGCCGAAAGACGUAGGAGCCAAAAAGCUUCUUAUCUUACACAUGAGGAAAAUGGACGAGGGUAUGGCAAGUGUCUUCGUACUUUGUGCAAACCAAACAGCUGAAUUAUACAUAGGUAUCUGGAACUUUUUGCUCGAACGAGUUCCCGGACUUAAGACGAGCUUAAAAUUCAUUAUGAUGGACUUCGAGCGGGCAUUGAUAAAGUCUGUAAAAGAGACCAUGCCAUGGAUAACGAUCAGAGGUUGCUGGUUUCAUUUCACUAGAGCAAUCUCCUGUCAUUGGCAAGAUUUAGGUUUGAAGAACGUUUCAUCUACUCUUGUCCAGGAUAUUCUUUCUCUUACCUGGGUACUUCCUCUGCUACCCGUAAAACAUUUUUCUACAGCUAUUGAAAUUUAUAAAAAAAAGGCUAACCAAGUUGAGCCAGAAUAUCAAGAUAGUGUCAAUGAAUUUAUUGACUAUUUAGAGAAACAGUGGCUACGAAUAGCUGAAAUAGUGUCUUUAUGGGGAUCACCUACUCGGACGAAUAACAUCUGCGAAUCAUUCAACAGAUGUUUAUCACAGCGUCUUGGCAGUCAUCCCAAUGUCUUUGUUUUUAUUGAAAAAUUGAUGAACAUAAUUGCGGAGAUAGAAGACAAAUUGAAAGACCUCCAGCGCGAUGGAAGUGUCCUUGGCAGACAAUGUUUCAAAAAGUUGAAAAUUGAUAUGUAUAUAAAGUAUCAGCAAAUAGCGUUGCAUAAUGAAAGGAUCGAUGUUGGUGAGUUUCUGAUGAAGAUGAAGACCAAGACUGUAAAAGAUUUCAUUCAGCUCAACUUGUACUCACCACAUAAUAUCAAAGAUUUUAAUCCAGAAGACAUAUUGGGUCCCGAGGAGCUCGCGGAUUUACUUAGAAACCCGCAAGUAAUGGAGGUUGUUGACCAUACGACGGUAGAGUCUCCAGAAGUCAUGCAAGUGAAGAACUUUACAAUCAAUCAAAAUUUAGAAGUCACACAGGAACCAGAGGCGAUGACAAAACCGGAAACAGUAAAAGUCAAGAAACAUCGGGUAGUGAGACAAAGAAAGCUAGCUCAUCAAACUCAUACCCCUGAAGUUCUUACUCGGAACGCAAGAAAAAAGAAACUUAGAGAUCGACCAACUACAAAAUCUCAGAAGAAGAGUUGUGCAGCAAGCCCUUCCUCUAAAACAACUUCAAAAAAAAUAUCGAAAAAUGAAAAAUCACGUAGCCUACUGAUUGUCAAACACGAACCUCGCUAUAAGAUGUCUCCAGCUUUGAAAGCAGCUCUAAAAAAAGCCGAGAAAAAUAAGCAACUUCGUAUUCAACAAUUAGCAGAAAAUGAACUUCGCUUCAAGUUUUCUCCAUUUUUCAAAAAGUUACUGAAAAGAGAAGAGACAAAGCAUCAAACGAUUGAAUAGAAUAAAUUGAUAGAGAUGUAAUUAUAAAGUUGUAACGAUAGAGUUGUCAUAAUGCAUUAGGGUUUCAUGCCUUAUCUGUAUUGACUUAAUUAGAUUGUGCUUGCUAGGAAUUAUCAGAAAUAAUGUGGAUUAAAUCAAACAAAAACAUUAUACUGUGAUGAUAGAGUUGUAACGAUAGAGCUGUAAUGAUAGAGUUGUAAUGAUAGAGUUGUAAUAACAGAGUUGUAAUGAUAGAGUUGUAACAA